AUGCAGACUGAAAAGGUUGAUAAGAAGAAUGGAGCCAACGAUCCUGCCACACGGCGGCAGUCUUCAAGGCUUGAGAAGAUUGUUUCCACAGUUAUUGUGAAGCAUAUAGUAAUAGGACACGUACUCGGAAGCGGGGGCUUUGGAAAAGUUUACUUUGCCUUUGAUCGGAAGAAUAAUAAGAAUGUGGCGGUGAAAAGAAUCGACAAGGAAAUUGUAAAAAGACAGGGCACUCAGGAAUAUGUCGAGCGGGAGAUUGAUAUGAUGCGUAAAAUCGAUAACAAGCAUAUUGUACGACUUCUAGAAGCGAUAGAGACCCCUGAUGCGUACAAUUUGGUGAUGGAACUCGCACCAAAUGGGGAAUUAUUUGAUAAAAUUGUCGACUCCGAACGCUUUGACGAGAAGGUCGCUCGUAACUAUUUUCAACAGCUGAUCCACGCCGUACACUACUGUCAUCGCAUCCACAUCGCGCACCGCGAUCUAAAAGCGGAAAAUCUCCUUCUCGGCGAAGGCAAUAUCCUAAAAGUGUGCGAUUUCGGCCUUUCCCGAUACACCACCGAGGGGACUUUCAACGAUAGCGCCGUGAUGCUGACCUCCUUAGCGGGGAGCCUCGACUACCAGGCGCCGGAGAUGCUCAAAAAGUGCGGGUACGAGGGCUGCGCGUGUGAUAUGUGGAGCUGUGGGUGCAUUCUCUUCUUCAUGUUGUGCAGCUACCUCCCUUUCACCGACCUCACGGACGGCCUGACGCGGAAGCGCAUCCUGAGCUGCCAGUACAACCGCCGCAACCGCUACCUCCCGGAGGACGCGGCGCGGCUGAUUGAACGGCUGCUUGAGCGCGACCCCGCGAAGCGCUACACCACCCGCGAUGUCAUUCACGACCCGUGGUUCGCGCAGGACCUGGAGCCCGGGCUCUUCCCGGACGAGGCCCCCUCCCCGGACCCCUCGCUCUCGUGUGUGAGCCCCGACGAGGCCUUUAUUCAGCGAGUCAGCGGCUCCCCCAACAGCGCGGGCUCCCCUUGCACGGCCUCCCUCUCCCCGACCUCUGAGAAGGCGGCGGAGCUGCACCAGGCCUUCCUGAGCUGCAACGUCACCAAGGACGGCUUCCUCUCGCGGCAGCAGGUCCGCGACGCCUUAAUUAAGCUCAACGGCGAGGAGCCCGUCUCGGAGGAGGAGGUCCGGCGCUUUAUGGACUGCUUCCACUGCGAUACGGAAGGCCGGAUCACCGAGGAGGACUUCGUCGUGGGCUGGACCCAGCACCAGAACCUGCUCGGGAAGAAGUACAACCUGGCGAAGAUGGUGAACCUCUUUCACUACGACCUCGAGAAGGAGUUUCUGGAGGAGAUCCGAAAGGCUUUUGACACGAUAGACACCCAGCACAGUGGGGUGAUCUCGCGCAAGAACCUCGCCGCGCUCGGGAUUGACUUUACUGAGGAGGAUAUUAAUACCUUGUUUCAGUCCGCCGAUCCGGACCAUAAAGGGAAGCUCCAGAUCACCUUUGAAUGCUUUGUGGGGAUGUGCUUAAGGUAUGAUUUGCUGAAAAACCACACGCUCGCGAUUCGGCUUCGUCAUCUCGAUGAUUUGUUCGAUUUUACCGAACACCGCUCCUUUAAGGCGUAUUUGAAUACUGGUUAUACCGUAGCAGGGUCUCGCACGGAGAUUAAGGUGCAGCUUCUUGCUAAACAGAAAUCGCUUGCGACAAAAUUUGAGGAAGGGAAUUCGUAUGGCUUUUUAUACGGUACACAUAUAGUGGACAAUAGGAAAAUUCUGGAAGUGGGGGUGCGUUUAUUGCCCGUGGUAGAAGGUUAUACAAAGGUACUUGUGUAUCGUAUUGGGGGAAAGACGAAGGACUUCCACGCGUGGUUUUUAAACCUCCGCAAAGCGAUGAAAGAUGAGUUGUUGCGAUAUGAAGAAGAUACUGCAGUAGAGGGCGAACCGGAGCUAAUGUAA